GCCAAAAUUUUCACGCAGCCAGCUUCGACAUUAAAUACUACUUCCAUGAGCUCAGGAUUGACGAGGAGCUGUCCCAGCACUUCACGCUACCACCAGCGCGAGCGUCGGCAGUGGGGGCGCACGUCAUCAGCGGCAUCAGGGCGGAGCCGAACGAGUUCAUGUACCCUGCGCUCCAGACGCUGCCGAUGGGGUUCUCGUGGGCCACGUGGGCUGCCCAACUGGUCCAUGAGGAGCUCCUACUGCGCGCUGGGCUUCCUCCUGCCCGGCUCCUGCGAGACGGCGCGCCGCCGCCAGUCCUGGACGAGGGGGCGGCUCACUUGGCGUACGUUGACAACUUAGGGGCCAUUGGCAGCAGCGAGGAGGAAGUGGGGGAGCUACAUCGGCAGGUGCCCACUGGAGCACGGAAGGCAGGUUUCCAAGUUCACGAGAUCGACAGGCAGGUCGCCGCGCUCUCGGCCAAGCGGGCGCGGCGCCUCUACGCGGGACUCCACGCCCAAGCGCGGCGAAGUCGUUGCGCGGGCAGGGAGAUUCGGGCUACGCUUGGGCACCUGCGCUUCGCUUUCCUGCUGCGGCGACCCUGCCCGUCGCGCCUCGCCGCCUCCUUCGUUUUCGCCGAGUCGGCGGGGGGGGGGGGCGAGAGCAUCUGGCCCAGCGCGAAGCGGGGGCUGCUCAUCGCCGCGGCCAUUCUGCCGCUGGUCUACGCGGGCCUCGGGGCGGGCUGGCUUGACCAGGUGGUGGCCACUGGUGCUGGCCAGACUGGUCUUGGCGUGCGCGUUGCCGGGUGGGCGCCUGCCGGCGUUCGCCUCGCGGGUCGUCGAGACGAGCGCAGGAGGCUCAAGAAGUGCCCGCGUCGCAAGCAUCGCGAGGUGGCCUUGGCCGGCUAUGACAUAGGCGAACCCCCAGUCGAUAGGAACGGCAACCUCGUCUACGACGGAGAGGGGUCGGCCUGGCUCUCCCGUGGCGACUUCCCAGACAUACAGCCCACUGCCGUCGCAGAUGCGAAGCGGGCCGCGGUGGCCAAGCGGCCUUGUGGGGAGCGCGAGGGGGCCGUCCGCGUCAAGGAAGCGCGCGGCGUCAAGCAAGGCUUCAAGCGCAUCGCGCGACGUGGCCGCUGGCGUCGCUGCAAGGUGCUCAUGCUGGUCGACAACGUGGGCCUCGUACUUGCCCUUCAGAAAG